AUGUCCCGCCAUUUCCUAAGACUCCAGAGUACUGCUGCUGCGUCCAAGGCGUCAGCAGGCAUUUUCUCCGAGGAGGCCAGAACAGAUCUCGAAAAGAGAGACGAAACAUACAAUAGACAAAGAGCCCUCUUGUCAGCGCAAAUCAAGAUCAAGUCUUAUGCUGCGGGACCUGAGAGACCGGGGUCGACAAAUUUUAGAAAACCCAUCCACGAGCAUCUUUAUAAGGGCAAGCCAGUCAAGGCGUUGACGGUCCCACUCAAAAAGACCGCAGGAAGAAACCAAACAGGUCACAUCACCGUGAGAGGGCGUGGUGGGGGUCACAAGCGUCGUGUGAGACUUGUGGACUUCCACCGAGUCGCUCCUGGAAGACAAAAAGUGCUUCGUAUUGAGUACGACCCCAACAGAAGUGGGCAUAUUGCGUUGCUUCAGAACGAGGACAGUGGAGACCUCUCAUACAUUUUGGCUCCUUCAGGAGUGAGAGCUGGAGACUAUGUGGAGUCGCUCCGCUCUGGGUUGCCCGCAGACUUUCUUGAAGAGAUGAAGAGAACGAAUAACGGAGAAAUUGACGAUGCGCUCUUGAACGCUCGUAUUAUGCAAAGAGGCAAUUGUAUGCCCUUGAGCAUGAUGCCCGUGGGCGCCGUCAUCCACAAUAUUGCCUUGCAUCCUCAUAGAGGCGGCCAGUUGGUGAGAGCAGCGGGGACCUUUGCCCGUUUGCUUACCAAAGAGGUGGACAAGAACAGAGCCAUUGUGAAACUCAGUUCUGGUGAGCAGCGCUACGUUCGUUUGAACUGUUGCGCCACAUUGGGAACUGUUUCCAACAAAGCACAUGCGUUGAUAAACUGGGGUAAGGCCGGUAGAAGCAGGCACAGAGGGUUCAGGCCCAAGGUCAGAGGUGUGGCGAUGAACGCCAAUGACCAUCCCCACGGUGGUGGUCGUGGUAAGUCCAAGUCGAACAAGUUGUCGCAGUCGCCAUGGGGAUUGAAGAAGUUCGUGAGAACAAGAAAGCACAAGAAUGUCAACAGGUUCAAGGUCGUCGACAGGCCGAGAAGAACCGACACCGUCUAA